CACUUGGCGGGUGCGGGCCGCCCAGGGAAAGAGCCCGACCCGCGGGGAGUUCGGGUGCGGCGGCGCCCGGGAACUCAGAGCCCGGGGCACGGCGCGGCGAGCGGAGGCAGCGGGCGAGCGCAUGGGGCGCCCUCUCCAGCGGAGAGCCUCGCUGUGGAGCCUCGCCCCGGGGCCAUGCCGGUCAUGAAGGGCUUGCUGGCCCCGCAGAACACCUUCCUGGACACCAUCGCCACCCGCUUUGACGGCACGCACAGCAACUUCCUGCUGGCCAAUGCUCAGGGCCCUCGGGGCUUUCCCAUCGUGUAUUGCUCAGACGGCUUCUGUGAGCUCACAGGUUACGGCCGCACAGAGGUCAUGCAGAAGACCUGCAGCUGCCGCUUCCUCUACGGCCCAGAGACCAGCCAGCUGGCGCUGCAGCGGCUGCACAAGGCCCUGGAGGGCCACCAGGAGCACCGGGCCGAAAUCUGCUUCUACCACAAGGACGGCUCAGCCUUCUGGUGCCUCCUGGACAUGAUGCCCAUCAAGAACGAGAUGGGCGAGGUCGUGCUGUUCCUCUUUUCCUUCAAGGACAUCACUCAGAGUGGAGGCGCAGGGCUCGGCCCCCCGGGCAUCCAUGGGGACAGUAAUCACGAAAAUUCCCUUGGCAGGCGGGGAGCCAGCUCCAAACUUCGGUCCUCGCAGAGGCAAAGCCACAGCAUCCUGCGCCGACUGACUGGCCACUUCAGUCACCGGGGCCAGGGAAGCAUGGAGACCAACAAUAACGCGUCUGAGCCAAAGCCAUCGGUGCCUGAGUACAAGGUGGCCUCCGUGGGGGGGUCCCGCUGCCUCCUCCUCCACUACAGCAUCCCCAAGGCCGUGUGGGACGGCCUCAUCCUGCUUGCCACCUUCUACGUUGCGGUCACCAUCCCCUUCAAUGUCUGCUUCUUGGGCGAUGAUGCCCCCGCCACACCCCGCCACGUGCUCAUCAGUGAUGUUGCCGUGGAGAUGCUCUUCAUCGUGGACAUCAUCCUGAACUUCCGCACCACCUACGUGUCCCAGUCCGGCCAGGUGGUCUCGGCCCCUCGCUCCAUCGGCCUCCACUACCUGGCCACCUGGUUCUUCGUGGACCUCAUUGCCGCUCUGCCCUUUGACCUGCUUUAUAUCUUCAACGUCACUGUGACCUCCUUGGUGCACCUCCUGAAGACGGUGCGGCUGCUGCGGCUCCUGCGGUUGCUGCAGAAGCUGGAGCCAUACUCGCAGUGCAGCGCCAUGGUGCUCACGCUGCUCAUGUCGGUUUUUGUGCUCCUUGCCCACUGGAUGGCCUGCAUCUGGUAUGUCAUCGGGCGCCGGGAGAUGGAGGCCAAUGACCCACUGCUAUGGGACAUUGGCUGGCUGCAGGAGCUGGGCCGGCGGCUGGACGCGCCCUACGUGAACGGCUCAGCGGGGCCCUCGAGGCGCAGCGCCUACAUCGCCGCGCUCUACUUCACGCUCAGCAGCCUCACCAGCGUGGGCUUCGGCAACGUGUGCGCCAACACGGACGCUGAGAAGGUCUUCUCCGUGUGCACCAUGCUGGUCGGCGCGCUGAUGCACGCCGUGGUCUUCGGCAACGUCACUGCCGUCAUCCAGCGCCUGUACUCGCGCCGCUCGCUCUACCACCGCCGCCUGAAGGACUUGGAGGACUUCGUGCGCGUCCACCGCCUGCCGCGGCCGCUCGAGCAGCGCGUGCUCGAGUACUUCCAGACCACGUGGGCCGCCAACAGCGGCAUCGACGCCAACGAGUUACUGCGUGACUUCCCAGACGAGCUCCGAGCCGACGUCGCCAUGCAUCUGAACCGGGAGAUCCUGCAGCUGCCGCUGUUCGGGGUGGCGAGCCGGGGCUGCCUGCGGGCACUGUCCCUGCACAUCAAGGCCUCCUUCUGCGCCCCGGGCGAGUAUCUGCUGCGCCGUGGGGACGCCCUGCAGGCUCACUACUACGUGUGCUCCGGCUCCCUGGAGGUGCUCCAGGACAGCACGGUCCUGGCCAUCCUGGGGAAGGGGGACCUGAUUGGGGCAGACAUCCCUGAGCCAGGGGUGGGCCCAAGCUUCGUUCUGAAGACCAGCGCUGAUGUGAAGGCCCUGACCUACUGCGGCCUGCAGCAGCUGAGCAGCCAGGGCCUGGCCGAGGUCCUGCAGCUGUACCCAGAGUACGGGGCUGCCUUCCGGGCCGGCCUGCCCCGCGACCUCACCUUCAACCUGCGCCAGGGCAUUGACACCAGUGCCCUCAGCCGCUGCAGCCGGUCUCCCCGCCUCUCCCAGCCCCGCUCCGACAGCCUGGGCUCCUCCUCGGACAAGACCCUGCCGUCCAUCUCGGAGACAGAGGGCAGCUCAGGGGUGCCCGGGGGGGCUGCCCCGCCCCUGCGGCCCCUCCUGCUGCCCGGCCUCAGCCCUGCCCGGCCCCAGGGCUCCCUGCUCAGCCUCCUGGGCGAGGAGCUGCCCCCGCUCUCGGCCCUCCUCUCCUCCCCCUCCCCCCACGCCCCCCCCAGGGGCUCAGCUGCCCGGAAGCCCCCCCAGCGUCUCAUUCCCCCACUGGGACCCUGUGGACCUCUGGACCUCAGUCCUCGGGUAGUAGAUGGCAUCGAGGACUCAGGCAGCACAGCUGAGGCCCCUACGUUCCGGUUCAGCAGGAGGCCUGAGCCCCCAAGGCCCCGCUUCCAGGGCCCCCCUGCAGGCCCCAGGCCGGGCCCAGAGCUGGCCACUGAGGCGGAGUCGGUGAGGGAGAAAGUCUGCGGGCUGAACCAGGAGAUUUCACGCCUCAACCAGGAAGUGUCUCAGCUGAGCCGGGAGCUGCGGCUCAUGAUGGGCCUGCUGCAGGCCCACAUGGGCCCCCUGGGGUCCCCGGCACCCACAGCCUGGCCUCCAGACCUUCCUCGUCCCAAGUGGAGGCCACUGUGCAGCUCUCCUUGUGCCUCCGGACCACCCAGUAGCCUCCAGGACACGACGCUUGCUGAGGUCCACUGCCCGGCCCGCGCGGGCUCCACACCGUCUGCGCCGGUCCCCCGUCCCUCAGAGCCUGACUUGCCGAGCCCCUCUGCGGUGCCUUUACCUGGGACCCCAAGCCUCGCCAGGCCCAGCCUCCAGUCCAGGUCGGAUUCACUGCACUGACCCCGGCCUGGGCCCGGGCCUGCCGUUAGGGAGGACCCGGGCCCUCACCCUUUGCUUCAGGUCUGGCUGGCACCAGAGUCUCGGACUUCUGACCCCACCCCUUCUGCAAACCUUCCCCAUCCUCCUCUUUGAGGGGCUGUCCAGGGCCUGGCGUCCAGCAGCAGAGGACUGGGAAGACGGCGGGGCUGGCGGAUGCCUCAGGCUUCUUCCUCCCAGGAGCCAGAAGCAGGCUCCGUCUGCCAACACCUCUGUCCGUGUCUCCGAAGGCUGUCUCUAGGGCUGGUCUCUGCUGCUAGCCAGCAACCCGAAUCGCUCCAGUGUCACUGCCGACCCGCCCACCCUGGCCAGAGCCCUCCAUACGCCCAACACCCCAGGUCACUUUUGGAUAGGAAAUAAACUUCUAUUUUUGUA